AUGACCAUCGAGCUCAAGGACCCUGCAGACACCGUGGCCCCUCAGCCGAUCGACCUCCACCCGGUGCAGAACUACACCUUCCUCAACACUUCUGUCCAGCCCGAGGAAGACUCGUCCGUCGCGGAGCGCAUGCGCCGUCUCCAGGACCAAUACGACGAGACUGGCAUGCGUCGUUCAGUCGAUGCAGUGAUUGUGUGCCAUGAUCACGGUGUUCCGUGCAUCUUCACCUUCCAGAUUGCGAAUGAUUUCUUUAAGCUCCCUGGAGGUUACCUCGACCCCUCGGAAGAUGACGUCGAGGGCAUCAGUCGCUUGCUUGAGGAGUUCCUUGGAACUGGCUCCAAGCAGUGGCGUUCGGACCAGCCCAACUGGACUGUCCGCUCACUCCUCGCCGUGUGGUAUCGCCCCAACUUCGAUGGCUUCUUUCCGGCGCACGUGUCGAUGCCCAAGGAGUGCCGCAAGAUCUUCCUCGUCACGAUGACUCCUGAACAGAUGCUCGGUGUUCCCCUCAACAUGAAGCUCCUGGCAAUCCCUAUUCACGAAUUCUACGACAACACUCAACGCUACGGGCCUCAGCUCAGUGCCAUCCCUCAUCUCCUCAGUCGGAGGGGACAGUGCGGGGAUAAGGGCACCUCGACGGUCGCCUCGACGGUCCGGCCCAUCGUACCGGCAUACGCAGUUGAUCAGGUCGUCCGCGGGCCGAGUCGCCGAGCGUAG